CGUCCUAUAAUUACUGACGCACCAGCCUGCUAGACAGUCAAGAACGAACCUUGUCGGAGAGGCAACAUACUUUAUCGUCCGUCAAAGAUAGCAGACACAGUACCACAGUUAUGGACGUUUCCCUCCUCAGAAUAUUUGUGGUUGUGUUCGUGUGUUUGGCUAUGGGUUGUGAAGCAAUGAAUUUCUUGGCAUAUCCGCGGUUGGGUAGAUCGAGUUAUUUAGCAUUUCCGAGACUGGGGCGGGCUCACGUUUCGGCGGCCGGAAGUGACUGCUGUCAAGUGGGACUCAAGAACGAAUGGCUUGACGAGAACGACAAAUCGGAAAUGCACAAUAUAUGUCAAUCGGACGUGUGCUGUUUCGGCUUGAAGGAAAUCGUAAAGAGGAAACCAAAUGGAGUCUAUUAUUCCAUGUGCAUACCGACAGGUUCACAUCAGGAAAUCAGUAAAAAUGUCAUUGGAAAAUUGAAGGAAUUGUUGCGGAAGUGAAUACAAAGAUAUAUCCUUAUUAGGAAGUGUACCCCCCUCUCUCACACCGCCGCAGAAAACAGCACAUGACAUUUUCGGUUCGGUUCACCCUGCCCUUUCUUCGGUUAUUUCAUUGGUCAUCUCAUACUUCAUUACUGUCAGCCAUUUCUGAGAUCAGCAUCGACGCACAGACAGAAGGUUGCAAUAGAAGACAUGUACCUGUUGCCUACUUGGUAGAAUAAUUGUAUCCUGGUAGCAUUCCAUUUUUUUUCUUCAAAUAUGUCAUUGCGUUGACAUCGUGACUUCGUCGCUUUGAGUGUGGUGACAUAAUCAUUUUCAUGUGGUGACGCCACUGAUUUGAUUAUUGCGACGUCAUUGUUUUUACAUGUGACGUCAUUGUGACGUCAUUGUUUCACAUGCGACGUCAUUAAUUCGAUUAUUAUCGCUGAUUUGAUUGUUAUGACGCCAUUGCUUUCAUAUGUUGGCGUCAAUGUUUGGACACAGUGACGCCAUCGCUUUGAUUAUAGCGGUGUUAUUGUUUUGACCUGGUGGCGUCAUAGUUUUUUUAACAUGGUGACGUAUCUACUCAUUUGCAUUUUCAUUACAAUGUGAAAUCCGAAAAGUGUGAUUCAAAAACAUUAGCCAGUUUAUUCUUUGUAUAAACAACAAUAUAUUAAUAAAGCACGUGAUCCAAAAUUA